CAAUGCUUUGAACCUAUACACAAGAUGGUGAAGAAGGAAACGAAGGUUUUUGGGAAAGUGAAAGAUUUUGCGUAGUAUAGAAGUUGGCAUAUAUCCAUCCAUCCAUCCAUACAUAUAUGACUAGUGCCACUAAAAGCAGUUAUGCGGAAGGAACCUUGCUUUCCUUUCCUUUCCUUUCACUUCCUUGGGCGGGCAGAGAAGAAUCUCGCCGGCCCUCAGCAUCAGCAGCAUAUUGCACUUUAUACGGCCAGCCAGCCAGCCAGCCAGCGCAAUAUUGAUGGUGGUCAGAACAAGAUUCUCUGUGUGUUCUUGCCGCCAUCUCCGCCGUUGCCGAGCCAAUUCAUUUGUUCAUGAAUUAAGAAAGCCAAGGAGAGCAGGGCAGAUUGUUGUUCAUAUUUUCCUUCGAGAGUAGUACGUAGUAGGUCCAAUUCUCCCUUAGCAAUUGACACCAUUCCCAUUUGGCAGUUUGAGAACACAACCGAAUCAACAACAAUGGACAUCAAGAACCUCAUUUAGUAAUUCCAUGUUACAUCAGUCUAAGUAAAAAACAUUUCAUAGUCAAUUGUGUCUAAAAAUCUUGACGAAGCUAACUACCAUAUGUGGCCAAGAGCUGUUAGAAUGGCCUUGAAAACUAAACAUAAUACCGAGUUCAUUGAUGUGUCAAUACUAAUUGCAGUUUUAGGAAAUCCCGAUGAUAGUACGUGGGAUGCUUGUAAUACUCGUGUUUUAUCUUGGAUUACGAGUUCCACUGAUGUUUUUUUUUUUUUUUUUUUGAAGGAGUGUGAUGCAACAUGAGGUGACUAAAAAUCUUUGGGAAGAAGUGAAGAAAUGAGUUGGGCAUACUAAUGCUCUUAAACAAGGAAACCUCAAUGUGACACAAUAUUAUACUGUACUCAAGGUAUUAUGGAAGGCAUAUUUACAAUUUAGUCUCAUAGUGGAGUGUGAUUGUGUUACAGAUGCGAUUUGGCCUUGUGCAACUAUUGAGGCUUUCAAUGGAAAUAUGAAGUGGAUAAUCUUAUUUGAUUUCUUAGAGGCUUAAGACCUGAGUUUAAUGUUGUUCAAACUCUCAUGAUGAAACCAUUGCCAACUGUCGACAAUGUUGCGAAUGAUGUGCUUCAAAAUGUGUCGAAAAUCAGAGGUGAUAAAGCUAGAGUGACAGGGGGUGUGCAAACUGUAGCUCUAGGAGUUCAAGGAGACCAAUAUAAGCCAUGAGACACAUCUGAUUAUAAAAGGUUUUGUAGAUACUGCAAGAAAGAGAAGCUCACUAAAGAAGAGUGUUGAAAACUGAAAAAAGGCUAGAAUAACUGGAGGUGUUGUUAUAUCAAUUGUAUCAGAAACAGAGUCAUACUGACAGUGACUUAGGUAGUACACAAACCAGAGUAUUGGGACCAUGAGUACUAGUAACAUUCUAAGUCUCUCAUUUGAAGAAAUUAACAAGCUUAAGUUUCUCCUUCAAUCAGUAAUAGUCCAUCACCACCAGCGUCACCUUCAGUGAAUCACCUUGCUUUCUCGGUUGCACAACACAUGCCACACUUCACGAAUCGUGUUGGUAAAUAUAUUCUCUACUCAUGCUUGGAUGAAUCUAUGAUAGAAACAUGGAUACUUGACACUAGAACUUGGAUCUUUUUGCAUGCAUUCUUACUUCAUUCAUUGAAGUUACUCCAGUGAAUUAUCAAUUUGUGUUCACCAAAUGGUACUGGGGUAGCUAUCAGUCAUAUAGGAAAAGUGAAACUACCUACUGGUAUGAUCCUAGACAAUGUCCUCCUAGUGCCUAAUUUUACAUUUAAUUUAGUUUCAAUUAGUAAGCUCACCAAUGAUCUCCCUUUUUUCUUACACUUUAAAUCUGAUUAUCGUCUCAUUCAUGAGCUGAUGACCCAAAGAAAGACGCCUUUGGUAAAACAAAAUAGAGGACUCUACCAAUUGCUUUCACAAUCACUACAAAUCAUCACCACCACACCAUAUGCAACUUCCAACAACAAAACAUAGAGGUAUGGGCCGGGUUGGAAGCUAGAAAAUCCAAGUAGAGACAAAGAGAAACAACUAGCACCAUUUAACAGGAAUGUAGUUUUUCAUUGUGAGACAUGUCAUUAUGCCAAACAUAAAAGACUUUCAUUUCCAAUUAGUCUCAGUCGUGCACAAAAUGCUUUUGAAUUGAUUCGUGAAAAAACAUUUGAGGUCCAC